AUGCCCAGGGAGACUUGCGUUGCUAUUGGUUACAUCAACAUGCUGACGUUCACUGCAUCAGUCCAGUCCUUAGCAGUCAUCAGUGUGAACCGCUACGUCAAGAUAUGUCGGCCAUCUUGGUUUGUGGAUAUCUAUACGUUUAGGAACGUCUUCUUCAUGUGUAUGGGUGAGUAGCAAUAGUAAGAAUGAAGGAUAACAUAUACAUAAAACUUUGGAAAAGCAAAUCAUGUGAAUUUUAACCAAAGAAGUUUAUUCAACGUUUUGUCCAUACCUCCCCAUCUUCCUUCCCCCCCCCCACCCCCCACCCAUGAAAAAAACAUUCUUUAAAAAAAAAAAGAAAAAAAAAAAUUAAAUUCGAAAAUUUUUUAAAAACAAUUUUUGAUGUAAUAACUUUACGUUAAUUGAGGCAGUUCCAAUUUUUCUUAAGUAGAAAUCUUUGUAUUUGAAAUGUGUUUUUCUUUUUAAAUUAACUUCCUAAGAUAUGCAAAUAACUAACCCCCCCUCCCCCACACACACACACACCUAUAUUUUGUGUCCUUGUCUUCACAUCCAGGCGUCUGGAUUUUUUCUGGGCUACUGUCAGUUCCACCGCUCAUGGGCUGGGCCGCUUACUCCUACCUGCCCACUGCCUCCGUCUGCUUCUGUGACUGGUCCGUGUCAUUCAGUUACGCCUUGUUCAUGAUCUUCAUCUGCUUCUGUGUGCCUUGUCUCGUGAUGUGCCUCUGCAACGUCGGCAUCCUCAGGGCGUACUUCCAGAGUAGGAAAGCUCUGCUCGCCUUCGGCGAUAAGCGUCCGUACGGCGGUAGUUCGGGACCUUCUGAGAGCGGUGCCCCGAGUUGGGUUGAACCAUCAAAACAAACCCCAAGUGUGUACGCACCAUCAAAACAAGUGCCAAUUGUGUACGCACCAUCAAAACAAACGCCAAUUGUGUACGCAUCAUCAAAACAAGUUCCAAUUGUGUACGCACCAUCAAAACAAACGCCAAUUGUGUACGCACUAUCAAAACAAACGCCAAUUAUGUACGCACCAUCAAAACUAACGCCAAGUGUGUACGAACUGGCACAACAAAAGCCUACUGUGUACCAUUACCAACCAUACAAACAAGUUUUGGGCCUGCCAAAUAAUUUCGAGCCACUGAAUUUGAAAAAUGUCCCAUCAAACUGUAAAGGGAAUACACCACGGCAUGAAGCGGUGGGUGUUGGUUUAAAUCCCAAUGAUCAAUGGAUGUCCGUUCUAGGCAGCGAUACUUCGAAAGGUGCCAGGAAUAAAACACCUGUCAUUAAAAUACAUCAAAAAAGAGAUAAUGAAUGCAAUAAGAUAUUCUCAAUGAAUAAUCAGAAUGAUAAAAUAAUUAAUAACUGCGAAGUAAAUGAAAAAGAGAUAUUUCUUGUACCGGUAGGUGAAAAUAAAUGUAGAAGAGAUGUGUAUGUGUGUUCUGUAUCGUCUAGCAGUAUUGAAAAUUUCCCAUCAACAGACGACAAGGCGCGGGAUUUUGUAUCAAAAACAAACACACGCGUGGAUAGUAAAAAUGUGUGUGCACCCUUGGGAAUGCCUGCACAUUUCAAUAGUGCAAUUUCAAAAGAAAUGUCGUUGGCUGAAUUCACUGUGUCAGAUGAUUGGGAGACACGUGCCAUGGCAAUCAAUACUGGACAAUCAGAUGAAAAUAGCUAUACUGGAACUGCGCAUCCUUUUAAUGCUUUAUCUAACAGCGUUGCCGGUAGCAACUACCAAACCUUAAUAAACUGCACCCAUAAUGCCUCCCUUCCGUUACACUUGGCAGUCCCCGAGAACAUGACCGGUUCAACUUCGAAAUGUAUGGCUUCUGUGUCCGGACUUGAUGAAAAGACAACAGCGUUAGUCCGGGCGGGCCAUUCGCCUACAGUUGCGGGGCGGGUCACAUACGCUUCCGGCAUCCGAGAAAAACGGAAGUCUGGGAUUCGAAUUGAUGACAGAACUGUACGGUCGCCGCCGAGUGGAUGUCUUUUUAAUCACAGUAGCAGGAAAACAAGAGCAAUUGAAUGCGAAAGGGCACGCGCGUCAGCUUACAUGGGCGCAAGGAAAUCGAAGACAGUUCAUUUUGAGUCGAGGUUGAAGGCUGGUUUGAAGUUGUUCACGAUUUUUGAAACUCCUGAGCCAGUUAACGCGAUGACGUCAAACGAAUACGGACCUCGUGUGGAUUCCAGGGAUCAACUUGGAAUGAAUUUGUAUGAAAAAGUCAAGGUUGCAAAGAAAGCCGGUGAUGAAAAGUUCACUUUGAAGUCUGGAAAAGGCGUUCGAUCAAUUAAAUCAAUGAAUAAUCGAGGUUUGGGAAAAGAAUCGAUGCCAAAAGGCCUUCGCGGCUAUUUUAAUAGAAGAGUAUCGCCUGAUGGGAGGAUUCGCUGGGUGAGGAAUCGUAUCAACAGAUUUACAACGAACAGGAUUUGUCCAACUGGGAACAAGAAUUUGGGCACAGAAUUAACGAACACAAAUGAUUAUCUAGAACCGUGCGCCGCAAGUAUUGAAAGACUUGCCAACCACUCGCAUAACAUUGCGCCAAGGGUAAAUAAAGUUUGUUCUAAAAGUAGUUCAUCAGGCAAACUUCUCGGUGGUGAACAUCACUCUGAUACAUUUAACUCUAAGGAUGACUCAAUGAAACAUCAUUCUAGUGGUCCUCAAAAAUUUAAGCGCGUCGCCUGCUCAAAUUUAGACUCAAAAUCGAGCGAUAACUUACUGUGUCUGGAAUUAACAAUCCACAAUGGGGAGGGUGAAAUAAGAACAUCACCACUACCGCGUCGGCCUGCGCCCAGCAUCCAGUCAAACACGACACGCGGGCAAGAUACGCCAUCAGCAGACAAGAGAUCGCCUUCACGUAUAGCUGCGCCAGUGGCGGUAACACUAGCGACUUCUGACCUUCGAGAAGCGUGCAUCCUACCGUCUCUGGCAGUGGACGCGGGUAUUUGCGCGACUUCUUCAGACUCAUCAUCUGCAACCCAUCAUCGGAUACCGAUCCCCGGACCUCGCGGUGACCUCGCCGUCCACCCGAACGUCCGCGAGACACCUCACCCCCGAAAGAUCCCGCCAGUCGCCGGCCGGAACUCUCGGAGCGGCUCUGAACGUCGCAGGAGGGAAGAGUUCCAGCUCUCGGCCAGUCUUCUCGUGGUCAUCGUCAUUUUCGUCAUCUCCUGGUUUCCUUACUGCGUCUCCAUGUUCGUGUCCGUCUUCUCCCCGGAGCUGUCGUCUCGCCGCCUCGACGUGACGUCGCUGUUCCUCGGCUACUCCAACAGCUGCGUCAACCCCAUCGUCUACGGCGUGAUGAACAAGAAGUUCCGAUCGGCCUACAGGGGCAUCUUC